AAACUAAAAAAAGUAAAUUGGACCUUUUUCUUUUUUUGGCAACUGAUCAUCAAAACAGUAGCUAAAGCUGUUUUGGCUGGGGUUUGUUGGUUUCUUUGUGAAAAAAUUUGAAAACCAAAGAAAAGAGAGAGGUUUUUGUGGGUACUGCCCUUUGAAGUUAGAAGCUUUGUUGAAGGAAUUAUCUCUUUUUUUUCCCUAUUUUUUUCUUCUAUAUUUGAAUUUUUUUUUGUGUGAGUGCAAAAGCAGCAAAAUUAAUGGCUACUGACGAGGUCAAUAAGCCUUCUUCACUUCCUUCUUACCCACAGCUGAUUAUUGAUGCCAUUGAAGCAUUGAACGACAAGAAUGGUUCGAACAAGACUUCAAUAUCCAAAUACAUUGAGUCCAAGUAUGGAGAUUUGCCAGCUGCCCAUACCAACCUCCUUUCUCACCAUCUUAAUAGAAUGAAAGAAACUGGAGAGCUUAUUUUUUUGAAAAACAAUUACACGAAAGCUGGCUCAAAUGCCCCACCAAGACGUGGCCGUGGUAGGCCACCAAAACCCAAGGUUCCAUUGCCACCAGGCGCGAUUUUAAGCCCUGCAAGACCUAGAGGCCGCCCUCCUAAGGAUCCCAAUGCUCCCCCUAGGUCCCUAAAACCUAAGGUGGCAUCUGGGACUGGGAAGCCACGUGGAAGGCCGAGGAAGAUGGCGCGGCCUGAGGGGGGAAUAGGUGGGAGUUCCACAACUGUGAUGGCGGCCGCGGUAAGGCCUAGGGGACGCCCUCCUAAGGUGAAGGCUUUGGCAUUGACUGAAGUUAGUGUUGAACAUUAAGUAUUUUAAUGGUUUUAACUUGUAGUGGUGCUUACUGUUUACUUUGUGUUUUUGUUGGUUUUGUAUGUAGGAUUUGCACGGUGCUUGUUAGUUUGAUAAUUGUGUGUGUUUCAAGUGCUCUUGUAGAAUUUAGUGUAGUCGUUCUUGAGGCUUUGAAAAGUUUUCUUUUGUUUAAAGUUAUUGUACAGGAUAACUAGUGCUAAUGAUGAUCACUGUUAUUAUCUUUGUUGUGUUUUAUAAGCGUAUCGAGCCUGUUUGUUUGUGCUUGAGUUUGAAAUUUGACUGUAAUGCUUACUAUGCCAUGUGAUUGCUGGCCUAAUAUUUGGUAUACUAUUUGUUGAUGUAAUUCUUGAUUUGGUGGUUGAGAGGCUUGUUGGAGGUUGAGAAGGAGAGUAUGUGUGUCACGGAGAACCAUCUUUGGUGCCUUUGACUUUCUUUUUUGUGACAGGUCACAUAUAUUUUCUUUCUCAACCUUUAGCGGGCCUUUCAAUCACCAGACCAGGAAUUACAUCAACACUAUUCAACUAAG